AUGCAAGUUUGCUCUGCUUCUGUGGAAACACUAUAUUGAACGUCACAGAAGUUAUCCUUAAAGGAUACGGCCCCCAUGCACCACAUAAAUCUGCCCCAUUGCACGUGAAGCAGAACCUAAAGCGCUCUGUGCAACAGCUGCUUUGCUUAGUCCCACUUUGUCACGUUCCAACUUUUUUCGAGGAGGAGAAAAAGUGUUUAAGAAGGAUCGGAUGCAUUUGUCAAUGGAUGCCCUUGGAAUAGUGGACGAUAGUUGCCUGGACAACUAUGACAUUGCAAAAAAUGCCGGGUCGAGCAGUGGAGGCAGGGUCCACAGCAUUGAUGUCAUACUUGGAUUCACUAAAGAUCAGGACGCUUUACUCCAUUCGGUAGGAGAUGGUGACGAACAAAAAGCCAACGGAGAAGACCUUCAUCUCUCUGAAAAGCAGGUCCAGCUCGACCCGUACGGGCACCUUCCAGAACUGGGCGACAGCUCCCAGCAUUCCUCCUACCAUGAAUCUGACCUUUUCUCAGGUGACAAGUGUGAUGGAGAAAUGAGUGACCUGCAGAAGAGCGUGGAGGAGGGUGAGGGGUCUCCGGAAACCCUUAAAGAGGAGGAGCACACUAAGAAGAAACACAGAAGAAAUCGCACCACUUUCACCACCUAUCAGCUUCAUGAGCUGGAGCGAGCCUUCGAGAAGUCCCACUACCCGGACGUCUACAGCCGCGAGGAGCUAGCCAUGAAGGUCAACUUGCCCGAGGUCCGAGUUCAGGUGUGGUUCCAGAACCGAAGGGCCAAGUGGCGACGUCAAGAAAAGAUGGACACGAGCACCAUGAAGCUUCACGACUCCCCCAUGCUCUCCUUCAGUCGCCCCUCGAUGCCUCCCAACGUUGGUCCCGUGGGCAACGCCAUGCCCCUGGAUCCCUGGCUGACCUCGCCCAUGUCCAGUGCCACGCCCAUGCACACCAUCCCGGGGUUUAUGGGCUCACCGCAGGGAAUGCAGCCCGCCUAUCAGAGCCACGGCUUUCUCAACAGCCCGUCUGGCAUGGUCCAAGGUAUGCAGCCCAUGGGCCCACCUGCUUACCAGUGCCCUCCCAGCUUCAACGAUAAAUACCCAAUGGAGGAUGACAGGAGUACCAGCAUCGCAGCACUCAGGAUGAAGGCCAAAGAGCACAUUCAGUCCAUGGAUAAAACCUGGCAGCACAUGUGAUGUGGCUAUGGACGGAUUACUGAGCUGCUCCCGUGAAUGUUUACAAACUGCUUUUCAACUGUUAGUUUCAUGUACCGAUGAAGAGGAUACAGUACAUGACACCAAAGGAGUUUGAGAGGCUGCUAUUUUUUUUUUAAAUGAGGCUAACAAGCAACUCUCAAAUUGGACUUCUUGUGAUUUUUGGUGUUUUAAAAAUUAACUUUAAAAAAGUUAUUAAUUUUGACCAAACAAGGUUUUUGGUCGCAAGGAUUAAUGAUCAAAUCUCUGGUGGUCAUUAUUCUGGUUGAGCAUGAGAUGUUUGGGAAUAUUCUUUUGUUUUGGAGUGAGAGGAAAUCUUCAACGUGAAUGUGUUGACACUUUAAAUUAGUGUCCCUGUUAAUUUUGUAUAUUUCUGACCAGUUUCAGACAUUUUACUGACACAAUGAAAUACAGUAUAGUAUAUAAGAGACUAAAUAGAGCAAUGUGGUCAGUAUUAGCAACAUUUUUUUUCAU